ACUGCUGACAUAAAUGUCUGCUUGAGCUGAGUGCAGCCACUGAAUAUGAUGUGGAAAGACGGACAAUUUAAACGACAAGACAAGGCAAAAAAAAAAGUGAGGAAUCUCGGGGGAACUGGGGCUGGACUCAGCUGAUAUUUCUGCAAAAGUUUCUGAGAACUAGGAAGAAAUUUGCACAGGAUGGCAUUCACUUCGUCAAGAAGGUCUCACUUGUGGAAAUGUAGAAUUUCUAUCCGAGUUGAAGAGGAUAUAUCUUUCUUAACAUGAGGUAAGGAGAGCGAAGAAAUCAUGGGAACUGACUAGAACAAGUGAAUAACAACUAUUCUGUGAUUAUUUUAACAACAUGUAUCCAACAAACUCAGUUUUCAACCACAUUCCUUAAAGAACUGAGUGGGUGUGUCUUGCCCCAUGCACUCUAUACUAACACUUUUGGACUUAAAGUCUUACAAUUUUGCAACUAGAUGUCUCAGUCGAGCAAUCCGCCAGACAGUCAGGCCUUACUGCAGUCCAUGUUGGAGAGACUGAAACUCCAGCCGGGAAGAGAAAGGCAUGCAUACGAGCAUACAGGUGAACCGCUCCCCCAUCCCUCCACAUUGGGGACAGAUGGAGUGGGAUCAGUCCCAAACCACAAGAAAGAACGAGAUGAUCUUACCAAUGGUCAUGUGUUUAGUCUUCCUGCAAAAAGAUUUGGGGUAUCUUCCGGGGAUACUAGUUUUACCUCCAAAUAUGGAGAGAGACUUCAGCCAGUCCAUGGCUUUGAACAGUACAGGGGUCCCUUUUUCUUCCCACCCCAGAGGGACAACAGCCAGAUGGAUGGAAACACAGUGUCGGAGAAUGUCACGUUGCCUCGGAUCUCCAAUGCUUCAACAGGGCAAGACUUUUUGUCAAAAACCUUCCAUUCCUUUGGGAGAACUGAUACUGGGGAACAGCGGGACAACAUAUCUGGAUAUAAAGACCAGGACCAUGGGUUUCAACACAAUGUUCAUGACUGGUCAUGGGGGAGCACAGAUUUUUCUGCGGACAGUCAAGGGAAUAAAUCCUUUCAUACGGAAAAUGGAGGAUUUGGAGAUUUGUCUAAAUGGAGAAACAUGGAAAUGAUCCCUUAUAAAGACAUCAGCAUGACCAAGAGAAAACAACGAUCAUCUGAAAACAAAGCAAGGAGAUGGACUCAGAAACUCAAGGAGAGUUGGAUGGAAAGAACAGGUAAAAAAGGAAAAGAUGAGUCCAAGGAAGGUGGGAUGAACAAGACUUCAGCACAAAACCAUCGCAUCAACAUAUCACAUCAAGAUAUAAAAUGGACCCUGCCGUCGCCAGACAGUGGUGAAAACCCUACUGCACAAUCAGAGGAUGACACGAUUGACGCAUUUAUAAGAUCAAGCGACGACUUUCAGUUUGGCUUCAGCUCCGUCAGUUUGCUGGAAGAGAUUGUAUCGGGUCAAGAGUGGGCCAAGUUUCUGAGCCUUUCCCCUUCAGCCUCCUCAAUCAACCAGAAAACACAAGAGAAGAAAUUUAGCAGUCCGAGUGUCACACCUAAACCAAAUCAUAAUGGUCCAUCCACUUUUGUUCUGCACCAGUCAGGAGGUUUGAGCAGAGAGUGGAGCUUCAGGAGUUGCGAGUCAUUUCCAGUUUAUAACAUUCCUGUCAGUGUGAACCUUCCAGACGUGCCUACACAGAACAACACAGAACACAGAGUUGCCAAUCAAUCAGAGCCAAUGGAACAAGGACAAAUUCAAUCACAUGUGCAAUUGAGGGAGAGUGGACUUGUGCAACCAAGAACUUCCUCUGUGGAGCGAGCAGACAUUCUGGAUGACUCACCGCCCACCAGCAGAGUCAACAGGAAGAGACAACAUCAGUCAGCUGAGAUGUCUCUAAUGGGCUGGUCACGAGAGCGACAAGGGGGUCAGAACCCAAAAAAGCGUUGCCAAACAGCCAUGCGAUGGCCGACGCAGACGAGCAAAACAGCGCGCCCUUUUUCAGCCCAAAUGGAUCUUCAACACCGCAUGUUCCCUCAAAUCUUACUCCUUGUGGUCCUGUGCCCCGGGGUGUCCUCAGACACUCCACAUCCCAGAAUUCAGAUUCCUCAUGGGAAAGCAAAAGGAGACGAGUGGAGCCCAACCGCCGGGUUCAUUUUGCAGAGACAGUUCAGGAGAUACCACCAGUUUUAGGGGAUCUGGAUACUUGGGACUCAGAGGAGGAAUAUGGGACAGAACUGGGUUCUGGAUUGGAGGAAGAGGAAGAGGAGGCAUGCACGACAGCAGAGGAAGAGAAGGAGGCGUCAGCACGCCGACCUGCUCUUCCUGCCUGGUUACGGGCCCUGAAGAGGAAGAAAACUGGAAGGAAGCACAGAUAGUGAUAAUGCCAGUGAAAUCUGUCUUUUACACACUUAUUUACACUACACUUUGAUAAACCUAUCUAUGACAUCCAAUGCAAUAUGUUUAUCGAAAAUUGUGCCUUUACAAAGAUGAAAAGCACAAUUUUGAUUGACAUAAAGAGGUACUCGCUGAACAGUAAGUUUAUUAUUAUGGUUGUUUGCAGUGGUGUAGAAUUGCAGUCCAUUAUAUAGAGAGAUGUUUCGAGUGCAGUAUUUUGGGUACCUCAUGUAGUGACAUAACAGAAAUCCAACCAAUAAACACAGCUCUUGAUGUGAUGCAGUUUAGUUCAACACCACUGCAAACUACACGAGCCUUAGUAAACCUAUUGUCAAAUGAACCCCUCUCACCUGUCAAUCAAAACGGAACAUGAUUACCUUUGUAUAGGCAGAUUUUGUUGACACAGCUCUUUGUUUCAUAUCAUUACAUGGUGCAAGUGGUCAUAAUGUUGUGAUUGGCUGACAUAUAAUACAGACUCACUGGCGACUUCACAGUCUCACAAUACAGUAUUUUGAUCUUUACAAAGAUGAUGCUGUUUUUUGAUCGAUAUUGUCAGUAUUAACUAAAUAUAUUUUUAUUAUUGUGGUUGUUGUUUGCAGUGGUGUCGAACUACACAAGAGGGGCAAAAAUAUUAUAAGCACCCCUCAACAGUUUUGGAUUGCCUCACAAUACUGGAAGCACUGUUACUGGCCUUACUGGUAUUCUUUCCACCACCUUGACCAACAGUGGUGCGGAUUUCAAAACCUUCAUGACCAAUAUGCAGCAACACGCGGCUUUCUUAGCAAUUUACACUAAAAUCUCAAAAUUAAAGUAUCCUCAGUAAUCUAUAAGGACUUCUUUUUCCAACUGCACUUGUUGUUUGCGACAGCUACUAAAUCAGUAUUUGUUUUGGUUGAGGACUCACUGUUCUCUCAUAGAGUACAAGUUCCAAUAGCUUUAAAAGUGUCAGAUCACUGUGGGAGUGGCAGCCCAUGUAAUGAGAUUUUGAAGGGCGUUUACUAAUAGAGAUCAAGAAAGUACUGUUUCUCAUAACUGUUUCCUUAUUUCUAUAUUAAAAGUAUUUUUGUA